CUGUCUGAUGGUGAUGUCAUGUCCCUCCUCAGGGUGUCUCUCCAGGUUUGAGGACUCUAAAAAUACCCGGAGGUGUCAGAGCGGCUGUGGAGCCCCGGGUCCGGCUGUCGGGGUGGGGUAGAUGGGGGUGUCCUGGUUGGGGGUGUCCAGCGUGUCUCCACCCCCCUGUUCCGCGCCGACCAAUGAUCUGCGGUCUCGGUGUCCUGCGGCUCGGAGGAUGCCCGGGCCGCAGUAGUAUAUGGUCAUGGCAGGGGCAUUCCUGGGAGUCCUGCGCAGUGACGCCGAGCCUUUAAACCUCGCUUCACGCUCCCGCAGCUGCACAGCCCCACUCUGUCCACGACGCCACCCGCGUGUGACCACAGCCAAGCCAGCCGGAGGACAAAAGCAGACUAUUCUUCACUCUUCCUCCCGAGCCUCCUCUUUCUCUGAGAGUGUGAGCCACAGGAGUGACCUCGGGUCUGCAUGCGCGCCUCUUUACGCACAGCUCCGUGAAGCUCCCUCCCCGCGCGCUGGGCACUGCCCCUCCGCUUCCACUGCCCCGUUUCUCUUUUUUUUCUGCCUUUCCUUCUCUUCCCACUGCGCUCGGUUCUAUAAAAGGCAUGUCCAUGAUGAGCAACAACAGCUACUUGGAGCCCCAGCAGUUCUACCAGAGCACCGCGGACAUCGGCGAGGAGGAGGAGGAGGAGAUGCCGGCCACCGAGAAGGACCUAGCCGAGGACGCCCCGUGGAAGAAGAUCCAGCAGAACACCUUCACUAGGUGGUGCAACGAGCACCUGAAGGUGAUCAACAAACGCAUCAACGACCUACAGAAGGACCUAAGCGAUGGGCUAAAGUUAAUAGGGCUGCUGGAGGUGCUAAGCCAGAAAAAGAUGUACCGGAAGUACCACAGCAGACCCAACUUCAGGCAGAUGAAGCUGGAGAACGUGUCCGUGGCGCUGGAGUUCCUGGAAAGGGAGCACAUCAAAUUGGUCUCCAUCGACUCCAAAGCCAUCGUGGAUGGGAAUCUGAAGCUGAUCCUGGGUCUUAUCUGGACCCUGAUCCUCCACUACUCCAUCUCCAUGCCCAUGUGGGAGGACGAGGAUGACGAAGACGCCAAGAAACUGACUCCUAAACAGCGUCUGCUGGGCUGGAUCCAGAACAAGGUGCCCCAGCUCCCCAUCACCAACUUCCACCGAGACUGGAGGGACGGCAAGGCGCUGGGAGCUCUGGUGGACAACUGUGCCCCCGGUCUGUGUCCCGACUGGGAAACAUGGGAUCCCAGUCAGCCAGUGGAGAACGCCCGGGAAGCCAUGCAACAGGCUGACGAUUGGCUGGGAGUGCCACAGGUGAUUGCUCCUGAGGAGAUCGUCGAUCCUAAUGUGGAUGAGCACUCUGUGAUGACCUACCUGUCUCAGUUCCCUAAAGCCAAACUGAAGCCCGGUGCCCCCUUGAGGGCCAAAUCGCUACACCCCAAGAGGGCUAAGGCCUACGGACCAGGUAUCGAGCCUCGAGGUAACAUGGUUCUGAAACCAGCAGAGUUCCUGGUGGAGACGGUGGAGGCUGGACUGGGAGAAGUUCUAGUUUAUGUGGAGGAUCCAGAGGGACACACAGAAGAGGCCCGAGUCAUCCCCAACAACGACAAGAACCGAACCUACUCUGUGGUCUACCUGCCCAAAGUGGAGGGGCUUCAUAAAGUAAAGGUGUUGUUUGCUGGUCAGGACAUCGACAGAAGCCCCUUCAUUGUAAAUGUUUCAAAAGCCAUGGGCGGCGACCCAACCAGAGUUCAGGCCCGCGGGCUGGGACUGCAGCCAACGGGAAAUGUGGCCAACAAACCUACAUACUUUGAUAUUUACACUGCAGGAGCGGGUGCUGGAGAUGUAGGCGUCAUCAUUGUGGACUCAAAUGGCCGCAGGGAUACAGUGGAGAUUGUCCUGGAGAACAGAGGCGACAGUGUAUUUCGGUGCACCUAUGUCCCUGUCCUGGAGGGACCUCAUGUCGUCUGUGUGACUUUUGCUGGGCAGCAGAUUCCCAGAAGUCCUUUCACUGUCCACAUCUCCGAAGCCUGUAACCCAAAUGCCUGCAGAGCAUCUGGCAGAGGUCUGCAGCCGAAGGGUCUGAGAGUGAAAGAAUUGGCAGAUUUCAGAGUUUACACCAAAGGAGCCGGCAGCGGGGAGCUCAAAGUCACCGUAAAAGGACCAAAGGGCCUGGAGGAGUCUGUGAAUGUGCUUGAGAUGGAAAAUGGCCUGUAUGAGUGUAAUUAUUACCCCGUCAUGGCAGGAAAGUACAUCGUAACCGUCACUUGGGGCGGACACAGCAUCCCUCGCAGCCCAUUUGAAGUUUAUGUCAGUGAGGAGGCAGGGCUUCAGAAAGUGAGAGCCUGGGGUCCAGGUCUGGAGACCGGUAUGGUGGGGAAGAGUGCUGACUUUGUGGUGGAGGCCAUUGGAACUGAAGUGGGAACUCUCGGUUUCUCUAUCGAGGGGCCCUCCCAGGCUAAGAUUGAGUGUGAUGAUAAAGGCGAUGGAUCGUGUGAUGUUCGAUACUGGCCGACUGAACCAGGCGACUAUGCCGUCCAUGUUAUUUGUGAUGACGAGGACAUCAAGGACAGUCCCUUCAUGGCCCACAUCCUCCCUGCUGCCAGUGUCAUCUUCCCUGAGAAGGUGAAAUGUUACGGUCCAGGUCUGGAGCCUUUGGGCUGCAUUGUUAACAAACCUGCUGAUUUCACCAUUGAUACCCAUGGAGCUGGCAGAGGAGAGCUGAAGCUCUAUGCUCAGGAUUCAGAUGGUUUCCCCAUUGACGUCCAGAUCACAGAUAAUGGAGACAGCACCUACUUCUGUGUUUACAUUCCCACAAAACCCAUCAAACACACCAUUAUCGUCACCUGGGGUGAAGUCAACGUCCCCAACAGCCCAUUCAGGGUGACUAUCGGAGAGGGCAGCCAUCCAGAGAAUGUGAAAGUUUACGGUCCAGGUGUGGAGAAGACAGGACUGAAGGCCAACGAGCCGACUUACUUCACUGUGGACUGCAGUGAAGCCGGACAGGGUGAUGUCAGCAUUGGCAUCAAGUGCGCUCCAGGUGUAGUCGGACCUGCCGAGGCUGACAUCGACUUUGACAUCAUCAAGAACGACAACGACACAUUCACAGUGAAGUACAUGCCUCCGGGUCCCGGACAGUACACCAUCAUGGUGCUGUUCGCUGAUCAGGAAAUCCCUAUUAGCCCCUUCAGAAUAAAGGUGGAUCCUUCCCAUGAUGCAGCCAAAGUCAGGGCAGAGGGACCUGGACUCAACAGGACAGGGGUGGAGGUGGGUAAGCCCACCCACUUCACCAUUUAUACAAAGGGAGCUGGUAAAGCCAAACCUGAGGUCCACUUCACCGGAGCAACUAAAGGUGAUGCCGUCCGAGACUUUGAGAUCAUCGACAACCAUGACUACUCAUACACUGUCCGCUACACGGCGGUGCAGCAGGGGAGCAUGUCCAUCAUUGUGUGUCAUGGAGGAGACCCCAUCCCAAAGAGUCCAUUCACCAUCAUUGUGGCCCCCCCACUGGACCUCAACAAGGUCAAAGUUCAGGGACUGAACAACAAAGUAGACGUUGGGAAGGAUCAGGAGUUCUCCAUCUGUACUCAAGGUGCUGGAGGUCAGGGCAAACUAGACGUGAAGAUCACCUCCCCUUCUCGUCGACCAAUCCCCUGCAAGGUAGAGUCGGGCACAGCCAAUGAGGUUCAUACAGUGAAGUACAUUCCUCCUGAGGAAGGACCAUACAGAGUGGACAUCAGCUACGAUGGGAACCCUGUCCCAGGAAGUCCAUUCACUGUGGAGGGCAUCAUGCCCCCUGAUCCUUCAAAGGUGCGAGCCUACGGUCCAGGCCUUCAGGGUGGUGUGGUAGGCAAACCAGCCCCCUUUGCCAUUGACACAAAGGGUGCUGGUACUGGUGGUCUGGGUCUGACAGUGGAGGGGCCGUGUGAGGCCAAGAUUGAAUGCCAGGACAAUGGUGAUGGAUCCUGCUCUGUGUCCUACCUGCCGACUGAGCCUGGUGAAUACGCCAUCAACAUCCUGUUUGCAGACCAGCACAUCCCCGGUUCUCCCUUCAAGGCUGUGGUCCAGUCAGUGUUUGACCCCAGCAAGGUGACAGCCAGCGGCCCCGGGCUGGAGCAAGGCAAGGUCAACGAGGCUGGAACCUUCACGGUGGACUGCUCCAAAGCCGGAGAGGAUGAGCUCACCAUCGAGAUCAUCUCUGACUCUGGGGCCAAAGCUGAAGUUCACAUUCAGAACAACAGUGAUGGGACCUACUCCAUCACAUAUAUACCCCAGUGCCACGGCAUGUACACCAUCACCAUUAAAUAUGGAGGACACAUGGUGCCAAAGUUCCCCAUUCGCUUGCAGGUGGACCCAGCUGUUGACACCAGCGGAGUGAAGGUCUAUGGACCAGGAGUGGAACCCAGAGGCAUCCUGAGGGAAGUAACCACUCAUUUCAUCGUGGACGCUCGAGCUCACUACAAGAGCGGUGGCAGCCAUAUCAAAACCUCGAUCUCAAAUCCGUCAGGCGCCAACACAGACGCCUACGUCACCGACAAGGGAGAUGGGACAUACAAAGUCGAGUACACACCGUAUGAGGACGGUUUACAUCUGAUUGAAGUUCUUUUGGAUGACAUCUCGGUGCCAAAGAGUCCGUUCAGGGUGUCCGUGAGCGAGGGUUGUGAUCCCAGUCGAGUCCGAGCCUACGGUCCAGGUUUGGAGGAAGGACUGGUGAACAAACCAAACCGAUUCACUGUUGAGACCAGAGGUGCUGGCACUGGGGGACUUGGCCUGGCCAUUGAGGGUCCAUCAGAGGCAAAAAUGUCAUGUAAGGACAACAAAGAUGGCAGCUGCAGUGUGGAGUAUAUCCCCUUCACACCUGGAGAAUAUGACGUCAAUAUCACCUUUGGAGGCUUACCAAUCCCAGGGAGUCCAUUCCGGGUCCCAGUGCGAGAGCUGGUUGAUCCCAGUAUGGUGAGGUGUUCAGGUCCUGGCCUUGGAAGUGGAGUCCGGGCUCAUGUUCCUCAGACUUUUACUGUAGACAGCAGCAAGGCAGGGGUGGCUCCCCUGUCAGUUCAGCUAUAUGGACCAACAGGUGUAGCUGAGCCACUCAACAUCACAGAUAAUGGUGAUGGCACUCACACGGUCAACUAUACUCCUGCCAACGAUGGCCCAUAUACGGUGUGCGUAAAGUAUGCCGACCAGGAAGUGCCCCGGAGUCCUUUUAAAAUCAAGACGUUACCGGCUCAUGAUGCUAGCAAAGUUCGAGCCAGUGGUCCCGGUCUGAAUGCAUCUGGGGUUCCAGCCAGCUUGCCAGUGGAGUUCACCAUUGAUGCCAGAGAUGCUGGAGAAGGACUGCUCACCGUCCAGAUUCUGGAUCCAGAGGGAAAACCCAAGAAGGCGACCAUUCGAGACAACAGAGAUGGGACUUACACAGUGUCCUACGUGCCGGACAUGGCGGGCCGCUACACCAUCACCAUCAAAUAUGGAGGAGAUGAGAUCCCGUACUCACCUUACCGGAUUCACGCCCUGCCCACCGGAGACGCCAGCAAGUGUCUGGUCACAGUGUCGAUUGGAGGACACGGACUCGGUUCAGGAAUUGGACCAACCAUCCAGAUCGGAGAGGAAACAGUCAUCACCGUGGAUGCAAAGGCUGCAGGGAAAGGUAAAGUCACCUGUAAGGUGUCAACGCCGGAUGGAGCGGAGCUGGAUGUGGAUGUAGUGGAGAACGCAGAUGGGACGUUUGAUAUUUAUUACACGGCUCCAGAGCCAGGGAAGUACGUCAUCACCAUCCGCUUCGGAGGGGAACACAUUCCUAACAGCCCCUUUCAUGUCGUGGCAAGUGAUACCAUCCCAAUAAUAGAGGAACCAUGUGACAAGCUUCAGUUACAGCAGCCCUACUCUCCCUAUGCGGCCUUCUCCCCUCAAUGGGCUACCGAUGAUCCCGUCAGCCCUGUGGAUGGGCUGGAGCCGAUGCUGCGUCCCUUCAGUCUGGUCAUUCCCUUUACGGUGCAGAAAGGAGAGAUCACAGGUGAAGUCCGCAUGCCUUCUGGCCGAACGGCCCGACCUCACAUCACCGACAACAAGGACGGGACAGUUACUGUGAAGUACUCGCCAACUGAACGAGGCCUCCAUGAGAUGGACAUCAAAUACGAUGGCAACCACAUCCCAGGAAGUCCACUCCAGUUCUAUGUUGAUGCUAUUAACAGUGGUCAUGUGACAGCAUACGGUCCCGGCCUGAGCCACGGCACCAUGAACCGACCAGCUACUUUCACUAUAGUUACAGAAGAUGCUGGAGAAGGAGGUUUGUCUCUGGCAGUUGAAGGUCCAUCCAAAGCAGAGAUCAGCUGUAAAGACAACAAGGACGGGACAUGCACAGUGUCCUACCUGCCCACCGCACCUGGAGACUACAACAUCAUCGUCAAGUUUGAUGACAAACACAUCCCUGGCAGCCCCUUCACCGCCAAGAUUAUUGGUGAUGACUCUAUGAGAACAUCCCAGCUUAACGUUGGCACGGCAACAGAUGUUUCCUUAAAAAUUAUGGAGACGGACCUGAGCAGCCUGACCGCGACGAUCAGAGCUCCGUCAGGAAACGAGGAGCCCUGCCUGCUGAAGAGGCUGCCCAACAGACAUAUCGGAAUAUCCUUCACACCAAAGGAAGUUGGUGAACACGUGGUCAGUGUGAAGAAGAACGGGAAACAUGUGACCAAUAGUCCGUUUAAGAUCAUGGUGGGUCAGUCGGAGAUCGGAGAUGCCAGCAAGGUGAAGGUUUACGGUCAGGGGCUGGUGGAGGGACACGUGUUCGAGGUGGCCGAGUUCAUUGUGGACACAAGGAAUGCAGGUUAUGGAGGUCUGGGUCUGUCCAUCGAGGGUCCCAGUAAGGUGGACAUCAACUGUGAGGACGUGGAGGACGGGACAUGUAAGGUCACCUACUGUCCCACAGAACCAGGAAACUACAUCAUCAACAUCAAGUUCGCCGACCAGCAUGUGCCAGGAAGUCCGUUCACGGUGAAGGUGUUUGGUGAAGGUCGGAUGAAAGAGAGCAUCACCCGGAAACGUCAGGCACCCUCCAUUGCCACCGUGGGCAGCACAUGUGACCUCAACCUCAAAAUACCAGGAAACUGGUUUCAGAUGGUUUCGGCUCAGGAGCGUUUGACCCGGACGUUCACCCGCAGCAGCCACACCUACACCCGGACCGAGCGGACGGAGAUCAGCAAAACCCGAGCCGGAGAGACCAAGAGGGAGGUGCGGGUGGAGGAGAGCACGCAGGUCGGAGGCGACCCCUUUAGAGACGUAUUUGGAGAUUUUCUAGGGCGAGAGAGUCUUAGUGGCUUCAGCGGGAUUCUCCUAAUCCUGUCAGGUGAGGCAGCUAACCAGGAGAUGACGGCUCAGGUGACGAGUCCUGGGGGAAAGACAGAGGACGCAGAGAUCAUUAAAGGAGAGGAGAGCACCUACAGCGUCCGCUUCAUCCCUCAGGAGAUGGGACCUCACACUGUCAACGUCAAAUACCGGGGCCAGCACGUCCCUGGGAGCCCCUUCCAGUUCACUGUGGGGCCCCUGGGAGAGGGAGGGGCCCACAAGGUCAGAGCAGGAGGCACUGGACUGGACCGCGGAGUGGCAGGAAUCCCAGCGGAGUUCAGUAUCUGGACCAGAGAGGCUGGUGCUGGAGGUCUCUCUAUUGCUGUAGAAGGACCCAGCAAGGCUGAGAUAACAUUUGAAGACAGGAAAGAUGGAUCCUGUGGAGUUAUUUAUGUAGUGCAGGAACCUGGUGAUUAUGAGGUCUCCAUCAAAUUCAAUGAUGAACAUAUCCCAGACUCCCCCUUUACCGUCCCCAUCGCCUCGCUGUCAGAUGACGCCCGCCGCCUCACCAUCACCAGCCUGCAGGAGAUGGGUCUGAAGGUGGGUCAGGAGGCCUCCUUUGCAGUGCAGCUCAAUGGAGCAAGAGGGCUAAUUGAUGCCAAGAUCCACACGCCAUCAGGAGCCACCGAAGAGUGUUACAUCACUGAGCUGGACAGCGAUCAGCAUGCUAUCAGGUUCAUCCCAAAGGAGAAUGGAGUUCAUUCUAUAGACGUUCGUUUUAAUGGCAGCCAUGUCCCCGGCAGUCCCUUCAAGAUCAGAGUAGGAGAACCGGGUCAGGUCGGAGAUCCAGGAAUGGUGUCUGCGUUUGGGUCAGGUCUGGAGGGAGGAACCACAGGCAUGGCAUCAGAGUUUAUUGUCAAUACUUGUAACGCCGGCUCAGGAGCACUGUCCGUGACAAUUGAUGGCCCAUCAAAGGUUAAGAUGGAUUGUCAGGAGUCUCCUGAGGGGUAUAAGGUUUCCUACACACCUAUGGCUCCUGGAAGCUACCUGAUCUCCAUCAAGUAUGGAGGACCCCAGCACAUUGUAGGCAGCCCCUUCAAGGCCAAAGUAUCAGGACCUCGUCUGUCAGGUGGCCACAGUUUGCAUGAGACGUCGUCUGUUCUUGUGGAGACCGUCAGCAAGUCAGUAGCGAUAGGCAGCCCUUUUGCCUCUCUGCCUAAAUUUUCCUCAGAUGCCAGUAAAGUCAUCUCCAGAGGCGCCGGCCUUUCAAAGGCCUUCAUUGGUCAGAAGAACACCUUCACAGUCGACUGCAGUAAAGCAGGCACAAACAUGUUGAUGGUCGGUGUCCACGGGCCGAAGACACCCUGCGAGGAAGUGUACGUCAAACACAUGGGCAACAGGAUGUACAAUGUCACUUAUACUGUUAAAGAGCAGGGCAGCUACAUCCUCAUUGUGAAGUGGGGAGACGAGAAUGUCCCCGGCAGUCCGUUUCAUGUCACAGUCCCUUAAAACUGAACUCUUCACUGUCCAAGACUGGAUUAAAAUGUGAUCUGCAUUA